AGUGAGCAGGAGCAAAUUCGCACUUUGCUGGCGCACAACAACAGCUUGGUUUAUUGGUCCGGAGCUGCACAGUGUCAGCUUCUGACGCGGCCGGAGCGCCUAUCUGCGAGGGGGACGCUGACACCUGACGGCUCCAUCCCUCGACUCGCCGGUCUUUUCCAUCACGACCUCUUCGUUUCUGCAGUGCAGGGACUGCGUUUUAUGGAAGCGGAGUCCGUGCAUCCUGUCGUAGUCAUGCUGCCCCCAAAGAACUGCCUGCCGAGGAACUACAGCUGCAUAGCCGGACUGUUCGGAAGCCUGGCGGCGGCAAACCCGCGGCUUGAAGAUGGGGAAGAUUUCGACAUGACGAACGCCACCUGUGAGCCCAUCGAGAGCCCCGUGGUGGACGAGAGACCACGGGGCAGGGAGGUCUCCCUGAAGCCCCAGAGUCCAAAUCUGCGUCGGAGAUGCAAGUCGCUGCCCACACCCACGGAGAGAGCAAAGUUGGAGAUCUCCCGCAGCAGAAGUCCAACGAGUCAAAAGAAAGUCCGGUUCGCCGACUCACUGGGCCUAGAGCUCAUUUCAGUGAAGCAUUUCGACGAUGCAGAUGUGCCAGAAGUGCCGGAGCGCAUUCUGGCCAAGCUGCCCAAAGGUCCCCUCCACCUUAAUCAUUUGGACACGAAAUUCCCCCGGGCUCCUGCGCAGUCGGUGUUCAUGGAGUUGCAGUUCACCAACCCGGGCACACUACCGGGGUUUGAGCAGAAAGUGAGGGAGGUGAAAGUCAUGCUGGAGAGCGUCGAGGCGGACGAGUUCAGCCUCUCCGGGUUUGUGCGCGUGUUGAAUCUGGCUUUCGAGAAGAGCGUGUCUUUGCGCUACUCCCUAAACAACUGGAUAACGUUCAUGGACAGCUUGGCGUCCUACGUCCCGAACUCCAGCAACGGCGUCACGGAUAAGUUCUGUUUCAAGGUCGUCACGCCGACGUACCUCGACAGCGGGGGCACGUUGCAGUUCGCCAUUAAGUACUGUGUCGGCGGGCAAGAGUUCUGGGACAAUAACAACGGGAACAACUACAAAGUGCGCCGUCACCGGUUCAAGAUGUCCCCACCGCGGGAAUGGGAGAACGGAUGGAUUCACUUUAUCUGAGCUGCGUCGCCCGCAGUGGCACGCCGCCUGCGUAGUUUGCUCGCGAUUGAUCCCCGGGUACCUGAAGUAGGACUGUGGCCCGUUAAAAAUGAAUUCCGGUUUCUAUUUAUUUAUCUGUUUUUCUGCUAUUGUCAGCUACGUACAUUUAGUGACAAAGAAAAUAACCCCCCCACGGUGUUUCGACAAAACUCGUCCCGCUGCGGUGACAGGCCUGGGUGUUAGGGACUACUGUGACGGCCUUUGGCGGGUGCCCGGUGCGGGAUGCUGUCAGAUCCUUUGCCUUUGGUGACAGGGGCGCUUGUGCGGCUUGGCGCCCUUUGGGAGGGCACGUUCACGUUAUGUAAUGCAGGAACACGUGCCCCGGCAAACGUGCCGGGCAACGCCGACUUCAAGAAUCACUGUCCAUUUCAGGAGAUGCUAUAAAUUCAUUUGAUGGCGCGGUGUUGUUAAAAUCAUCCUUUUGUUUUGCAUGCGUGCAAAAAUGUUGGCGUAAUGGGAAGCCGAGAGUUGACAGACAGAAAUAUAAGAAAUAUAUUAUUUUAUACAGAUGAAUUUAAUGUGCAAUUCCCCACUGUCUAUCAUAGAACAUGCCAUUUUUAAGCCAUGAUGUGGGAAGUUGUGCAUUGAAUCUUGUACAGUCAUUUCGUCAUUAGGCUUGAACCGACUAAAUGCAUUAGAUAGUUAUGGUCGUUGAACUUACAUUUUAAAGUAGGGCCUAUAGGCACUAGGAAAUAGUUAGCCUAGUGCCCAAAUACUUGUAGGCCUCCAAUCCAGGGACACCAUACUUAGCCAAACCUGCCUUUAUCCUUAUAUUUGCACUUAUUCAACACCCAUUGUAUAUUUGUUGCUGCAUUCACGCAAAAAAGAUGACAUAUUUUGCCUAAUUCAAAAAUCAAGGAGGUCGAACCAAAGACGAUGAACUCAAAAACGUUUUCUAUCAAAAAACCAUUCCCCAAAUUAUAACUGCAUCAUGCACAUUCCGUCAAAUCAUAGAGGCCACGUUUAUAGAAUAUGGGCUUCAAUAUUCCCGUCCUGUACUGUGAAAAGAAGGUUUUGUCUGAAUGAACUCCUUGAAUGUGGUUGUUACUCCCCAAAGGAAAAUAAGUUCGGUAGCCGUUCGAAAGGUUAAAUUUACCUCAGAUUACUUGUGACUUUUCCUCUUCUUCUUCUUCUUCUUCAGGUCGAUCGUUAUAAAACAGAUGUUAUUUUCACAGUUAAAAUUUUCUAACAGAUACAUUCAAACAGAAAAGUAUUAUUGUACAUUUGCAGAUUGAAAACAUAAUGCCUAUUAAUUCGUAAUGUUCUUAAUUGCACUGUGUAACUCAGUUUUUCACAGUGCUGUGUUGUCUGUCGACAAAGUAGCUAUUACACGGUUGACUAUGUUUAACCAGCUUCUGCUGCUGUAAAGGUACAUGAUAGCCAUCACGGUGCGAGAGUAGUGCUGCUCCUUACACGUGAGCAAAACGGUUUGAAUCACCUGACUGGCCGACAUUUCCAUUUUUGGACUGAUUACUUCAUUUCCACACCACAUGCCUUGAUUGAUGUUACACAGUGGUCUUCCAAACCUGCUCCCAAUCAUGCAAUCAUGUAGGCAGUCUUUAUGGCAAACAGUAUUCAUCAAGCUUUUUUUUUUUUUUUUUAGUUGUAUGAUAAUAUCAAUGUUUGUGAGUGUCUAGAGUGUUGUGACUCCGAAUCAGUAAGCAGAGGAACAACAGGCGGGAUGCUUUUAAUCCCCGUGCCCUUACUGUAAUCUGAACAUCACAUUGGCCUUUGUUUGCAUCAUCAUGGCCUCAGAAGUAAAGCUCUCCAAAUAAUGAGGCCAUCAGGUCGGGAUGUGGAUAAACAACUAUUCCUGCAACCACUUAGUUUUUGGAGCAGUUCCACUGUGAGUCCAUCAGUAAUGUUUGUCUGCAAAUUUGACAUAGUUGGUGUCAUUGCAGGGGCACUGAGAGAUUGCCUGCAGUGAGUUCACAUUUGCCACCGCUCAGCCUACCUGCAUGUACAGAGCUGCAUUUUCAUCAGCUGUUUAUUUAAAUACAUUGUGGAUAUAAAAGGUCUGGCCAUAGCAGAGCUUGCCGUGUGUUAUGUUGUCAAAUCACUGGGUGUUUGCAUAUUGUCUGCUUUGGUCUAUGUAAACUGUGUUCAAGCAUCCAUGCAGUGCACUACCAGAAGGCAAUAUUUAUCCAGGCUGAGAAUACUGAUGUGGGUGCAGAGAGAUGCAUCAAUACCAACUAAGCACUACCAACAGAGGCUGAUUUUAACAAAUUAGGUUUUAGACUUUAUUUGGCUGUUAUUUGAUCAGAUAUGCUCUGUUAGACAACAUUAUAGUGUUGGGAUUGACUGACACAAAUGACUGUCUCAAUACGCUGCUGUCUCUGUUUUCCAAAACAUGUAACUCUCUGGUUUAUGUUUCCAAAAAAGUAUGAAAACCAUAAGAAUUAACAGUGCUCAGUUUUAUCCUGGUGUCUCCCACACUGCUGUUGCUAUUGGUGCAUCCCUACUAUAAAGAAAAAGAAGGGCUUCUGGUAUGAUUAGAUUUUCACCUCGAUGUAUACAUAACAGUUUGCAUCAGAACUCACUGAUAUAUAGAUAUGUAUGUAAAUGUGUUAAUGUUUCAUAUUGAAUGUCUUCCUAUUACUGUUCUAUGUCGUGUGUAUUUUUGAAGCAUUUUAAAAGCAGACUUGAGAGAUGUGAAUGGUAAAAGUUUGUUAUCCGAUGAUCCUGUGAAGUUGGGUGGAUGCAAUAUGAACUUAAACUUAAUGAAGUCGUAAAAGCACACUUAGUAAUCAAAUGUCUUUUCAGGACCAUUUAAAAUAAGGCUGAUAAUAGAAUUGGAAGUACAACAAGCUAUGAUAUUUUGUCUCAAAAUUAUGUUUAUAUUACAGUAAGAUAUUGCAGAAUUUUCCCUGAAAUGUGUAGCAAAAUGUGAGCAGUGUAUCUGAAUGAAAUGAAAAAUUGGAAACCACAUGUGCACAGCUAGAGGUGUACACUGCCUUACUCAACUAUUUGUUUACUUAGAGACAUGUAAAAGAGGCGGAAGAUGACAAGUGCUUGUUAAGAAAUUGUGUGAUUGCGGAACAUGUGAACAGUGGACAAUGAGGAGGAGCAUAUCUGGGCAAGAGAGGGGUAACAUGAAAUGCACUGUGGCGUUUGAUAACUUUGGGCAUGAGUGACUUAUGAUUGUAGCUGAUACUGAGCAGAUUCAGUCAAAGCAGGUUCAAUGCACUUUGAGUGAGAACAAGGAAAGGGGCAUGGUAUACAUGAUGGCUUCUCCUGUGAAUAGCUUCAAACCAAGAUGUUUUCCACUGUCUGUCAUAUUUUACUGCUCUUUUCUCUCACUGUUGAAAGCCUAAAUCACCUUUGUCUAAUUUGAAACCACUGUAUUCUUCUGAUGUUUUUUCUUGGUUUGGUGUCUAGUCAGUGAAUUCAUUUUUUUUGUAAAUCCUAUGCACCCCCUUUUGUGUUGUAACAUCUUUUAAUGUAACCUAUAUUUUGUUAAAACAAUGGUUAAUAAAGGCAUUUGUGAUGAUAACCA